GGCGUGUAUAUAUAUGUUGAGGAGCAACCAAAAGGUUUCGAGCGAUUCUUUAAUUUCCUCGGGCUGAGAUGAAGAUGAUCCAAAAGGUGUCAACCAUGGCGUGCUGCCGCCUUCUCGCCCUCCACAAGGCUGCUGCGACGCAUCGACCGGCAGAGAACGCGGUUAACAAGGAGGAAGCUUCUUUCAUAGCACCUGCUGCUGCUGCUGCUGCUGCAGAUACAACCACUAGAGGUGCAGGUGGUGGUGUGCUUACAAGUCGACCAGAUCGGCGCCGAUCAGGAUUUGCUGGCAAGCUUACGAAGCAGCUUUCGCGUACCUUCUUUCCUUGUGACUGUGAUGGUUCCAAAAAAGAGGUCAAGAAUCCAACCAGCACAAAGUUCAAAGAUGUCACGGGGAUCGAUGGCGCCAAAGCCGAGGACAUUGUACAGCACCUGCAAGACCCUCAGCAUUUGGCUUGUGAUUUUGAUGGCUCGAAAAAGGAGGUCAAGAAUUCAACUAGGACAAAGUUCAGCGAUGUCAAGGGGAUUGAUGGCGCCAAAGCCGAGCUCGAGGACAUUCUACACUACCUACGAGACCGUGGGCAUUUCACACGCCUCGGUGGCAAGCUUCCGAGAGGCGUCCUGCUCCUCGGUGCGCCUGGCACUGGGAAGACAAUGUUGGCAAGGGCGAUGGCCGAGGAAGCCAGCGUGCCCUUCUUUGCGUGCAGCGGCAGCGAAUUCAACGACGACUAUGUGUUCGUUGGGGCAAAAAGAGUGAGGGCGCUCUUCGCCGCGGCGAAGAAGCGAUCUCCUUGCAUAGUGUUCAUCGAUGAGAUCGACGCCAUCGCUGGGAGUGGGAGCAGGUGCUCAUAUGGUUCAGAGUCGCAGAUGCAUACCCUGAACCAGCUGCUAGUUGAGCUAGAUGGCUUCGAGCAGAAUGACGGGGUCAUCGUGGUCGCGGCGACCAACAUCCCCGAGUCGUCACUGGAUAAGGCCCUUGUUAGGUCUGGGCGUUUUGACCGUCACGUUCAGAUUCCUUAUCCAAAUGCUAAGGGCCGAAGGCAGAUCCUUGAGGCCCAUAUGUCAAAGGUCUUGAAAGCCAAGGAUGUUGAUCUUCAGACCAUCGCCAAGGAGACGUCUGGAUUCACAGGUGCAGACCUCGCAAAUCUGGUGAACGAAGCCGCUCUCAAGGCUGCUAAGGACGGGGCAGAAGCUGUCACGACACAACACCUCGAGUAUGCUGCCAUGAAAAGGAUCAUCAUGGGCAGCAAGAACAAAACGGUGGCGAUGCCUGAGAGCUGCAGGAAGAUGGUCGCGUACCACGAGGGAGGGCAUGCUGUUGUUGCUAUCCACACGGACAGCGCUGCUCCUGUCGAAAAGGCUACCAUUGUUCCCGGUCCCGGGGGGGAUAAUCUUGGCAUGGUGACGCAGCUGCCAGAGGAGGACGAUAAGUUUUUCUUCUCAAAGGAGAAGAUACUGGCACAACUGGAUGUCCUCAUGGGAGGCCGGGCUGCCGAGGAGGUUAUCUUUGGCGAGAGCAAGGUGAGCUCCCUCGCCUUGUCUGACCUAAGAAAGGCGACUAAGCUGGCGACGGAGAUGGUCGCCAGGUAUGGUAUGAGCAAGCGGGUCGGCCCUGUUUCGUAUGACAAUGACGACGAUGACGACGGUUGGAAUGCCAAGACCAUGAUCUGGCAACCGAAGUACCUGGUUAAUGAGGAGGUGAGAGAAUUGCUAGGCAAAGCUUACAAUAACGCAAAGACGAUCCUCACGGCACAUAGUAGGGAGCUUCAUGCGCUGGCCAACGUCCUCCUGAAGGACCAAACUCUCACUGGAGACCAGAUCACGGCCCUCCUGAAGCACGAGACUCUCGCCGGAGGCCAGGCCGCCAAACAAGUAUUGCCUGCAGAGUCUGCAAAAUGAGUUAAUCGUGUAGUCAGCAGAGUCUGGAAACAUCUUUCUUGCUCCUAACAGAACAGGAACUACUUUUUGUACUACUGUUGUUGGUAGCCUGUGGUUUUCACGGCGUCAUGCCAUUUUUGGCUUUGCAAACCGCAAGCAGUGCUGUAACAAAACAAUACCCCCCUUCCUGUCUAUGUAUACUGUACCACACAUGUAGAUGAAAGUUUCUUUAGAUUCUGCAGAUCAAACACUGCCAGAGUUUCUUCCGAGUUAUAUCAAGGAACCUCCUUGCCUAAAGUUU